CGAGCUGGCGACUGGGAUUUGCGCGCAGUUUCCCGCGGUCUGCUUGCCCUGGAGCGGAGCGGGGCGCCCCAGCCUCCUGCGGCUCCGAGGAGCUUCCCCCAGCGACUCCUGCGAGGAGACGAGUCUGCGCAGCGUGGUGGCCGCCGCCCCCCGACCCUCUGCGCACUCCCUCCCGCGCCGGCGGCUCAGCCUAGCCCCGUUCGGCCGGCCGAGACUAUGGACACGGAGGAUGACCCGUUGCUGCAGGAUGUGUGGCUAGAGGAGGAGCAGGAGGAAGAAGAAGCAACGGGUGAGGCCUUUCUAGGGGCCCAGAAGCCAGGGCCCCAACCUGGGGCAGGGGGACAGUGUUGCUGGCGGCACUGGCCCCUGCCUUCCCGGCCCCCAGCCUCGGGCUUCUGGAGUACCCUGGGCUGGGCCUUCACCAAUCCGUGCUGUGCUGGGCUGGUGCUCUUCCUGGGCUGCAGCAUCCCCAUGGCCCUGUCAGCCUUCAUGUUCCUUUACUACCCACCGCUGGACAUUGACAUCUCCUACAACGCCUUUGAGAUCCGCAACCACGAGGCCUCACAGCGUUUCGACGCUCUCACUCUGGCGCUCAAGUCUCAGUUUGGAUCCUGGGGGCGGAACCGGCGCGAUUUGGCCGACUUCACCUCCGAGACGCUUCAGCGCCUUAUCUCAGAGCAGCUGCAGCAGCUGCAUCUCGGCAACCGCUCGCGGCAAGGCUCCCAAGGCUUCCGAGUCCGCCGCGUCAUCCCCGCGGCCUCACUCCGCGGCCCAGGCCCGUACCGGGACACUUCCGCGGUCCAAAAGGCCACAGCCAAUCGGAGCGGGCGACUUCGGCGUGAGACCCCUCCCCUGGAGGAUCUGGCAGCCAACCAGAGUGAAGACCUGCGAAACCAGGGGCUGAGCAAGAAUGGGCGGUACCAGCCCAGCAUCCCGUCCCACGCGGCAGCCGCGGCCAAUCAGAGCCGUGCCCGCCGAGGCGCCUCGCGCUGGGACUACUCGCGCGCGUAUGUGAGUGCCAACACUCAGACGCACGCACACUGGCGCAUCGAGCUCAUCUUCCUGGCGCGCGGCGACGCGGAGCGCAACAUUUUCACCAGUGAGCGCCUGGUCACGAUCCAUGAGAUAGAGCGCAAGAUCAUGGACCACCCAGGCUUCCGGGAGUUCUGCUGGAAGCCCCACGAGGUGCUCAAGGACCUGCCGCUGGGCUCCUACUCCUACUGCUCGCCUCCCAGCUCGCUCAUGACCUACUUUUUUCCCACUGAGAGGGGCGGCAAGAUCUACUAUGACGGCAUGGGCCAGGACCUGGCAGACAUCCGGGGCUCCCUGGAGCUGGCCAUGACUCACCCUGAGUUCUACUGGUAUGUGGAUGAGGGCCUGUCUGCAGACAAUCUGAAGAGCUCCCUCCUGCGCAGUGAGAUCCUGUUUGGAGCACCCCUGCCCAACUACUACUCAGUAGAUGACCGCUGGGAGGAACAACGGGCUAAGUUUCAGAGCUUCGUGGUCACCUACGUGGCCAUGCUGGCCAAGCAGUCCACCAGCAAAGUCCAGGUUCUCUAUGGGGGGACAGACUUGUUUGACUAUGAAGUGCGCAGGACGUUCAACAAUGACAUGCUCCUGGCCUUCAUCAGCAGCAGCUGCAUCGCUGCCCUGGUCUACGUCCUCACCUCCUGCUCAGUGUUCCUGUCCUUCUUUGGGAUUGCCAGCAUUGGUCUCAGCUGCCUGGUGGCCCUCUUCCUGUACCACGUGGUCUUUGGUAUCCAGUACUUGGGCAUCCUCAAUGGGGUGGCCGCCUUCGUGAUCGUGGGCAUUGGUGUGGACGACGUCUUUGUGUUCAUCAACACCUACCGCCAGGCCACCCACCUGGAAGACCCACAGCUGCGUAUGAUCCACACCGUCCAAACUGCAGGCAAGGCCACCUUCUUCACCUCCCUGACCACAGCCGCCGCCUACGCAGCUAACGUCUUCUCCCAGAUCCCAGCCGUCCAUGACUUUGGCCUCUUCAUGUCUCUCAUCGUGUCCUGCUGCUGGCUGGCCGUGCUUGUCACCAUGCCUGCAGCCCUGGGCCUCUGGAGCCUCUACCUGGCACCGCUGGAGAGCUCCUGCCAGAGCAGCUGCCACCAGAAUUGCGGCCGCAAGAGCUCCCUGCACUUCCCCGGAGACGUGUUUGCGGCUCCCGAGCAGGUUGGAGGCAGCCCCGCCCAGGGCCCCAUACCCUACCUGGAUGAUGACAUCCCCUUGCUGGAGGUCGAGGAAGAGCCAGUGUCACUGGAGCUGGGAGAUGUGUCCCUGGUGUCUGUGUCCCCUGAGGGUUUGCAGCCAGCCUCCAACACGGGCAGCCGCGGCCACCUCAUUGUGCAGCUGCAGGAGCUGCUGCACCACUGGGUCCUGUGGUCAGCUGUCAAGAGCCGCUGGGUGAUCGUGGGGCUGUUCGUCUCCAUCCUCAUCUUGUCCCUGGUGUUCGCCAGCCGGCUCCGCCCCGCCAGCCGGGCCCCGCUACUCUUCCGGCCUGAUACCAACAUCCAGGUGCUGCUGGACCUCAAGUACAACCUGAGUGCCGAGGGCAUCUCCUGCAUCACCUGUUCAGGUCUGUUCCAGGAGAAGCCCCACAGCCUGCAGAACAACAUCCGGACGUCCCUCGAGAAGAAGAGGCGAGGCUCAGGGGUCCCCUGGGCCAGCCGGCCUGAGGCCACCCUGCAGGAUUUCCCAGGCACCGUGUACGUCUCUAAAGUGAAGAGUCAAGGCCACCCCGCUGUCUACAGGCUCUCCCUCAAUGCCAGCCUGCCUGCUCCUUGGCAGGCUGUGUCGCCUGAGGAUGGAGAGGUGCCCUCCUUCCAGGUGUAUAGAGCGCCUUUUGGUAACUUCACCAAGAAGCUGACCGCUUGUAUGUCUACAGUAGGGCUGCUCCAGGCGGUGAGCCCCUCUCGCAAGUGGAUGCUGACGACCUUGGCCUGUGAUGCCAAGCGGGGCUGGAAGUUUGACUUCAGCUUCUACGUGGCCACCAAGGAGCAGCAGCACACCCGAAGCACACAGGCAUCCUGUGGUAGCACCUUGGCCGUCUCAUUUGGUGCCGCCUCCCCAGCACCUGUCACGGUGUCUGGCAUACCCGGCCUCCAUUGCCUCCACAGGAAGCUGUACUUCGCCCAGUCCCACAAGCCCCCCUUCCACGGGCGUGUGUGCAUGGCACCCCCUGGCUGCCUGCUCAGCUCCAGCCCUGAUGGGCCUACCAAAGGCUUCUUCUUCGUGCCUAGUGAGAAAGUGCCCAAGGCCCGUCUUUCAGCCACCUUCGGCUUCAACCCCUGCGUGAACACGGGCUGCGGGAAGCCGGCGGUGCGGCCACUAGUGGAUACCGGGGCCAUGGUCUUCGUGGUCUUUGGCAUUAUUGGCGUCAACCGCACUCGGCAGGUGGACAACCACGUCAUUGGAGACCCGGGUAGUGUUGUCUACGACAGCAGCUUUGACCUCUUCAAGGAAAUUGGGCACCUGUGUCGCCUCUGCAAGGCCAUCGCAGCCAACUCUGAGCUGGUGAAGCCGGGCGGGGCCCAGUGCCUGCCUUCAGGCUACAGCAUCUCCUCCUUCCUGCAGAUGUUGCACCCUGAGUGCAAGGAGCUGCCCGAGCCCAACCUGCUCCCGGGGCAGCUGUCCCACGGGGCAGUGGGCGUCAGGGAGGGCCGCGUGCAGUGGAUCUCCAUGGCUUUCGAGUCGACCACGUACAAGGGCAAAUCCUCCUUCCAGACCUACUCGGACUACCUGCGCUGGGAGAGCUUCCUCCAGCAGCAGCUGCAGGCCUUCCCCGAGGGCUCAGCCCUGCGCCGGGGCUUCCAGACCUGCGAGCACUGGAAGCAGAUCUUCAUGGAAAUCGUAGGGGUGCAGAGCGCCCUGUGUGGCCUGGUGCUAUCCCUGCUCAUCUGCGUGGCCGCGGUGGCCGUGUUCACCACCCACAUCCUGCUCCUGCUGCCCGUGCUCCUCAGCAUCUUGGGCAUCGUGUGCCUGGUGGUGACCAUUAUGUACUGGAGUGGCUGGGAGAUGGGCGCCGUGGAAGCCAUCUCCCUGUCCAUCCUCGUUGGCUCCUCCGUGGAUUACUGCGUCCACCUGGUCGAGGGCUACCUGCUGGCUGGGGAGAACCUGCCCCCCCACCAGGCUGAGGAUGCCCGAACGCAGCGCCAGUGGCGUACGCUGGAGGCCGUGCGGCACGUGGGCGUGGCCAUCGUCUCCAGUGCCCUCACCACGGUCAUCGCCACAGUGCCCCUCUUCUUCUGCAUCAUCGCCCCAUUUGCCAAGUUCGGCAAGAUCGUGGCACUCAACACGGGCGUGUCCAUCCUCUACACACUGACCGUCAGCACUGCCCUGCUGGGCAUCAUGGCGCCCGGUUCUUUCACUCGGACCCGGACUUCCUUCCUCAAGGCCCUGGGUGCCGUGCUGCUGGCAGCGGCCCUGGGGCUGGGUGCCUGCCUCGUGCUCCUGCGGAGCGGCUAUAAGAUUCCCCUGCCCGCAGGGGCCUCCCUAUAGCCCGGGACGGGCUCUGGACACUUGCACCUUUGGUCCCGUGGGUGGGGGACAGGAGCUGCUUCCCAGCUCGGCUCCAACUAGCUGUGUCCCCAGGCCUGGGCCCAGGGCGCCCUGCUGGACAGCGUGGAGGCUGACACCCACACAGAUGGUGUGGACCACGCUGCCUUUGCGGAGCUGAGAGUUGGAGAUGGCUGCCACCCCACAGGCCGGGCUACUGGCAGCCACACUAGGCUUUUUGCCCAGCCAAGAGACCAGCCCUCCUCCCAUGCCUGGUCACCAUGGGGGUCAGGUUAUUUUUGUAAGGGGUCUCCCUCUCACACUGCCUCAGUGCUCACAACCUUCCAGUGUGGAUGUUACAGGGUGGCCCCCAUUCUACCGAUGUGAAAACUGAGGCGCCAGGACACAGUGGCUGCCCUGUCGCUGGAUCAGUAGCAGAGCCAGAGCUGCCUCCGAGCUCCAUACUGCCCUCGGGAAUCAUACAGGAAGAGCACAGUGGAUCCGGGGUGGGGGCCUCUCACCCCCUACCCCUGCCCCCCCGCAACCCUCCCCUUCAGCUUUACGGCGGCCAGUGCUGAAUGGCUCUGUGGCCCUCCCUGGGCCUUUUGGUCCUGGCCAGAGAAGACAGAGGGACCCGGCUUGGGCUUCUGCAUGUCCUACCCCUGGCCCCAGUCUCAAGGGGCCCCUCAAAGGCCCUCUCUGGGGGCUCUGGGGAUCAGCACAGCUUUCCUCAUGGAUCUAAGCCCCCGUCUUUCCCACCUGACUCUGAGUGGAUGUUUUGGGGUAUGGCCCCCAUGGGGAGGAGCUGCCGUGCCUGCCACCUGCUCAUGGCAGAAGGUUCCUAUUAAAAUGACAUAGGAUUGCAGACUGCUGCUGUUAAUAUGAGCAUUUUAA